AUGCAGAUGCUACUAGUCACCCUCCUGCUCACCAUGGGCUCCGUCAUGGCCGCUCCCACGUCGUCGGAUGCGCAGGACCUCGACAUCAGGCAAUCAUCGGACUCGCCGUCUCUCAGCCAGGUCCUCGAAAACCACUUGCCGGAAGACGCGACGCGCGAACGUCGGGCUGCUCCUACCGAGGAUCCCAACAUAUGUUAUGCCAACUGCAUGAUUGCCGGCGGCACGGAUUGGAAGUGCAUUUGCAGCUGCGUACAGUGCUAA